AUGAAACGCAAGGCAGAUACUCUAUCCAAUGGCAAAAAUGGCAAAAGUAUCCUAAAGAAACGUGCAAAGAAGUCAUUAUCGGAUGAAGAUGCAAAGAAAGCUUUCAGAAAGGGCUUAUUCGAUAAAGAGGUUCUCAAGAAAUAUACUAAGGAAUAUGCCAACUCGGAACCAUACAAACACCAAGUUAUCAGCCCAUUGAUCGACGAUGCUCUUCUUCGCAGCGUCCGCAACGAAAUUCGAGAAAAUGUCCACUUUACACCUAAAGAGACGGAUAUUUAUAAAAUACAUCAAUCGGGAGACUUGGCAAAUUUGGAUGGUUUGGAUGAUGGUGCACUGGAAAAAUUACCCUCUUUACUCAGACUGCGAGAUGCAUUGUACUCAUCUUCGUUUCGAAAAUAUGUUGCAGAGAUUACGGGUUCAGGAGAAUUGAGCGGGAGGAAAACGGAUAUGGCUAUUAAUGUUUAUACGCCAGGUUGUCAUCUGUUGUGUCAUGAUGAUGUGAUUGGAAGUCGGAAAGUCAGUUACAUUUUGUAUUUGACUGAUCCAGACGUGGCUUGGAAAGAGGAAUGGGGUGGGUCUUUGAGGUUGUUUCCUACCAAAGAGUUUGAGGAUGAUGGUGUGAAGACCAUUACUCCUAGUCCUGAUACUUCGAAGAUUAUUCCGCCGGCAUGGAAUCAAUUGAGUUUCUUUGCUGUUCAACCGGGUCAAAGUUUCCACGAUGUCGAAGAGGUAUAUCAUGCCGCGAGCAAAGAACAACUGGAGAAGGAUAGUGGUCGGGUUAGAAUGGCUGUUAGUGGAUGGUUUCAUAUUCCUCAAAUUGGAGAGGAAGGAUAUGUGAAGGGAGCUGAAGAGAAGUGGGGGAAGAAUAGCAGUUUGAUGCAAUUGCAGGGCAAUCCAGAUAAAUACGACUUUCCGAAAGAAGAACCAGUUACAGGGGUGGAAUAUACUGCUGAAAAUUCCGAGGAAAAUGGCCUUGAAGAGGCCGAUUUGGAUUUUUUGCUAAAAUAUAUGGCACCCACUUACCUCACACCGGACACCUUGGACCAAGUUGCCGAACGUUUUCAAGAAGAGUCAAAUGUUACCCUUGAUGGUCUUCUGUCGGUCAAGUUCGCGGCUAAAGUUCGAGAAUAUGUUGAAGCACAAGAGGCUGCAGCUCUACCAGAAAGUACCGAGGAAAUCGAGAAAGGCUCCUGGAAAGUUGCUAAGCCACCUCACAAACAUCGCUUCCUUUAUCAACAACCAUCUGAUUCUCAAGGCUCCGAUAACAAAAAAGAGAUGAAUCCAAUUGAAGAGAUUCUUAAUGUUUUCCUUCCAAGUACUCAAUUUCGAAAAUGGCUUGAGAUUGCUACUUCAUGUCAAAUUGAGAAUUACAAUCUCUUGGCACGUAGAUUUCGCAAGGGUUCAGAUUAUGCUCUUGCCAAAAAUUACGAGGGUAACCCUAGACUAGAGGUUGAUUUAGGAUUGACGCCUACAACUGGAUGGGGGGAUGAUGGUAAUGAUGAUGAAGAAAAUGAAGAUAAUGAGAGUGACCAUGAUGAAGAAGAGGAGGAGGAGGAAGCCAAACAAAAAUCCAAGUCCAAGGAGAAAGAAAAGUCAAAAGGAGAGAAAAAGGCAUCUGAGCCUGAACAAGAGGAAGAAGAUGAUGUUGGAGGUCAUUUAGUAUUCAUGGCAGGUGAUGAUGAAAAUGACGAAGAUGCAGCAAUUUACAAAGCUGCUGGGGAGGAAGAAGACGACGGAGUUCUUUUUACCAUGCCAGCUUCAUGGAAUAAAAUGAGCAUUGUCUUGAGAGAUAGUGGUGUGUUGAAGUUUGUCAAGUACGUUAGCAAAAAUGCGAAAGGGGAUCGAUGGGAUAUCAGCGGUGCUUUUGGGGUUCAAGAAGAGGAAGAUAGUGAAGAUGAGGAAGAAGAGGAUGGUGAGGAUGAAGAAGAUGAAGGUAAAUCUUCACAGGGGACACAAAUCUUACUAGAAGAUUCCGAUGAAGAGGGAACCUUUAAUGGUUUCCCUGACUCGGAACCUGGCAGUGAUUCGGAUUAA